GUUAGCAAGGUCAUUGUAGCUGAUCUGUAGUGAUUCAUGUAGUGUAGUGAAGUGACAUUUGUAGUAUAGUCUGUGGUGUAGUGAAGAUGUGGCUAUUUAGUGUAGUGCUAACAUUGGCCGUCGCGUCACAAGUCGUGCUCUGUUUACAAACCGACCAAGAGUACUGGAAGCGGCUAGCCAAAGAAGAAUUAGAAGAAGCUCUGCAAGUGAAAUGGAACCUGGGUACUGCAAGGAACGUGAUCUUGUUUGUGGGGGACGGCAUGGGACCCAACACUGUGACCGCCACCAGGAUAUACAAGGGGGGGGAGAGCCAUAGACUGGCCUAUGAAAAGUUCCCGCAUGUAGGACUGUUGAAGACUUAUUCCGCCACAAAAAUGGUGCCAGACUCAGCAAGCACCGCCACCGCAAUGUUCACCGGAGUCAAGGUCAACCAGGAGACUAUAGGCGUUGAUGCCACUGUCCAAAAGACUGACUGUGAAGCUUCAUUGAGACCAGAGGCCAGACUGAAGUCCUUGGCUGGCUUCGCUUUGGAAGCAGGGAAGAGCGCAGGACUAGUGACAACGAUGCGUGUGACCCAUGCGACACCAAGUCCCAUAUACGCGCACACCGCUCACAGGAGUUGGGAGUGCGAAGCUGCGAUGCCUGCUGGGUCCACCUGCAAAGACAUUGCACGACAAAUGGUGGAAGACUGGCCUGGAAAGGAUCUGCAGGUUAUCAUGGGCGGAGGAAGGCAAGGUCUGGUUUCCAAUGCUACAGGUACCGAAUCAGAUCCACUGAACGCAUGGGGCUGCUUACGCCAAGACGGAAGAAAUCUCAUAGAAGAUUAUAAAACAGACAAGAGGAAUCGAGGUCUAAACAGCAGUGUUGUUUCCAAUAACAAAGAACUACAGGAUUUGGAUAUUGAAAACACUGAUUAUCUACUAGGAAUUUUCGCCAAUGGCCAUUUAAGAUAUGAACACGAGAGAGAUGCAGGGCCAGAGGGAAGUCCGUCCAUUUCGCAAAUGACUGAAGCUGCUAUCAAAGUUCUUAGGAAAAACAAGAAGGGAUUCUUCCUUAUGGUUGAAGGUGGGAACAUAGACAUGGCCCACCACCGCGGCCAGGCGAAGAAGGCAAUCAACGAAUCAGCAGCAAUGGAAGACGCUGUACAGGUUGCCAUGAACCUCACUGACGAGAAAGACACUCUGAUCAUUGUAACCAGCGACCACACGCACACUUUGAACAUCAACGGGUAUCCUCUCAGAGGGACGAACAUUUUUGGGAUAGCCUCAGUAUCGCCUCACGACCUGUUAAACUACACCACACUAUCAUACAGCACAGGAGGCCCUGGAUCGUUCCACUAUUACGUCACAACGGAAAACAACGAAACGAAAGUAACCAGACGAGACCCUAGUCAAGAAGACAUCGAUAGUUUUGAUUACGAACAGAUUGCUGCCAUAACGUUGGAUGAAAAUUCACAUGGGGGUGGUGAUGUAGCUAUUUAUGCUAGAGGUCCGUACGCACACCUGUUCCACAACGUCCACGAGCAACAUUACGUGUUCCACGCGGUAUCGUACGCCGCCAAAAUUGGCGCGUAUUAUAACAAAAGUUCAUCCAAUGUUGCCAGUACUAUACUCUGUCUAGUCUUACUAUUAUACUGUAUUUUUUCAUAGACUAGUUUCCACUUAGUAGUCAAAUCAAUUACUUUUUACUAAACGUCAAAACACGAAAUUACUUUGGAACUGGUCUCAGAACAAUAACUAAAGCAUAGAAGGAAGGCUAAAAUAAGAAUUCAGAAACUAUAAACCGGCUCUCUUCUAGCUUACGACACAAACUAUGAGUGAGAAAAGGACAAAUGAUUCGCUCUUUGCUUCAUUUUUUCCGAGGUUGUCACAACAUGAAAUGUCAUUUGGACCUAUUGGACUCAUUUUAACUCGGCCAAAUACAUAGUAACAUACAUAAGAAGAUUUUACUUAUAUUUACCGAACUAUUUGACACGGUCGCGUGAACUUUGUUUACGAGUGUCUUGUGUUCAGAUUGUUUUAAGUGAUAAUUUAACAAUAUUUUUCCAAAUAAAUGGAAAGAAACUUUUAUUUAUAUCAAAUAAUUGAGUGUCUCGACUCUGUGACAUUAUGUCUUGUGUGGUAUGGGGCCAGUGUUGCCAACUUAGUGGAUUUUCCACUAGAUCUGGUGGUUUAGACAUGUGGUUCGGCGAAAAAAUAUUAGUUUUAGUGGCUAGUGGAUUUUUUAGUGGAUUAGAGUCCUUUAGAUUAGAGAUUAGAUUAGAUUAGAGAGUUAGCGGUAAGUGACGAAUUUAACCACUAACACAACCGAAUAUGGUUUAUGAGUUACUUGAGCGAAAGAACCAAUAUAGUUUAUUUAUUAGUACAUAAUACAUACAAUAAGUUUCAGAUUGAGUAAGAUCAAGAUGCCUAAGCCACAGUACACCCAAAAGUUUCGUGAUUGUUGGUUACGUGACCCAGUUUUAAGGGAUUGGUUGCAAAUAGUCGAAAGCACUGGUGAUCCAGUUGCUAAGUGCAAAUUAUAUGGUAUAUUAUUAAGGAAUCAUUAUUAAUAAUAAUUGAAUAAUUUACCCUGUCUCUAGCACGUCUUUACCUUCCUCGCUCAUUUAUUUAACUUGUGUUUUGUACAAGGGAUUUUCCCCAAUGCUUUUAAAAGGGCUAUUGUCCACCCCAUCUACAAAACUGGAAACAGAGGCAGCGUCAACAAUUAUAGACCGAUUUCAGUGCUUACUACUCUAUCAAAGGUUCUUGAGAAAUUACUGAACUACAGAUUAAUAAAUUAUCUUGAAAAACAUCACAUAAUUGCCAAUAAUCAAUUUGGCUUCUGUAAAGGAAAAUCCACUGAAGAUGCUGUUUUACAUCUUACAGAAACCAUAGCCAAGCAUAUUGACUCAAGAAAAAAAUGUAUCACUAUCUUCCUAGAUCUGAAAAAGGCCUUUGACGCUGUCUCUGUUCCCAUUCUUCUAAAAAAAUUGGAAGAGAUUGGUAUCCGUGGCUCCCCUUUGAAUUUAUUUCAUGACUAUUUAUCGAAUCGAAGUCAGUGUGUCAAAAUCGAGAGUCAGCUGAGUGAUUCAGUUUCUCUGAAAUAUGGUGUCCCACAGGGCAGUGUCCUGGGCCCAACAUUGUUUUUAGUUUAUAUAAAUAGACUAUGCUUGCUCUCUAUCCCGCACUGUUCUAUAGUCACCUACGCAGACGACACAGCACUUAUUGUGGAAGGGUCUUCUUGGACAGAGGUUCAAAAUCGCGCAGAAGUGGCUUUAAAUAGGGUAAUGCAUUGGUUGUCUUUGAAUCUACUUACACUUAAUGUUGAUAAAACUACUUACGUUAGUACUUUUUCUGGUGCUAGCACUGACAUACCUACUCAGCAAAGUCUUCAAAUUAAGGCUCAUCAGUGUGACCUCCGGCAAGGCUGCAUGUGCUCAUGUCCAAUUUUAAUCCAUACUGAGAGUGUUAAGUAUCUUGGUGUUCUCAUUGACCAAACGCUUUCUUGGAAGUCACACAUACAGGCGCUAAGUGCCCGAACUAGGAAAUUAAUUUUUAUAUUUAAGAAGUUGAGAAAUGCUGCGUCAGAUACUGUAUUAAAAAUGGUAUACUAUUCACUAACACAGUCAAUUCUCAGCUACUGCAUUGCUGCCUGGGGUGGUACACACAAAACCACUCUUCUAACUCUGGAAAGGUCACAAAGGGCUAUCAUAAAGGUAAUGAGUGGGAAAAACUUCAGAUACCCAACAACUCUGCUAUAUUCUGAGUGUCAAGUUUUGACGGUGAGGCAGUUAUUCAUUUUACAAGUAAUCUUACGAACCCAUACAUCGUCCAAAUUUGAUCCCCGUAAGUUUUCAUCUUUGCGUAGGAAAGACAGAAUUAUUCAGACAAUCCCGGUCAGGACUGCUCUAGCCGCAAGACAAUGUUACGCAAUUGGCCCCUAUCUUUAUAACCGGAUUAGCAAAUACAUUACAAUUUACCCAGUUUCUAUGUAUGAAUGCAAAGAAAUUGUGAAGACAUGGCUCAUGUCACUGAACUAUGAUUGUACUGAAGCAUUACUUAUACCAGUGCAAUAGUAAAAGUCUAUUAAUAAUGUAGAAGCUAAAUAUAUUAUUAUAAAUUAAUAAUUAAACUAUUAUACGCCCAUGCAAAUACACACACACGCACGCACACACACACACACACACACACACACACACACACACGCACGCGCAUACGCUCACAAACAAUUUAAAAAAAAAAUUUUGUCUUAUGUAUCAUCAAAUCUCAUCUCUGCUAAUUUGUGUUAUAUAAACAUAAAAUAAGUAGCUAUAGACACUAAUCAUCCGAGGGGGGAGCCUGGGGUUCUGUACUACAAGCUAACGCUUCUCACAGACCCCAGUCUCUCUCACCAACCACUGUAUCAUAAUCUUGUUUUAUUGUUAAUUACCAAUUAUCGUGUUGAUGUGAGAGUAAUAAACAUAUUUUUAUUAUUAUUAUUAUUACCUACGACGCGGCGCUAAAGAGGGGGAAAAACAUCCCACGAUCUGAUUGCACUGAUUCGGCUUUGGGUUGUCUAGUGAUUCUAUAGUCUCUGCUUACCCCGGUGGGAAGUAGGCGUGAGUUUAUGUAUGUAUGUAUGUAUUUUAUCUAGUGAAAUUCUGGUGGUUCGAGAGACCGCUCAGUUUUAGUGGUUUCUGGUGGUUUGCACGGCCGCAUUUGGUGGGCUGGUGAAAAU